AGUCCCCGCGGACCCAGUCUGAUGCUGGCUGGUGAGUAAAGGCGCAAGGCGGCUUCCCGUGUCUGAGCCUGCGUUAGGUUCCCUGUUAGAUUCAAAGUGAAAGUGAAAUGGAGGCCAGUGCUUUCCCAGAAUUUCCCUGGAUCCUGCCCUUCCCAGAACAGCUCCCUCCGUGAGGAGAGCUUUAUCUCCCUCCCGACUGGAGCCAAGAACACAGCUCCGGGCGCAUCAUGACCACCAGACGGAACUGGACACCAGACUCCAGCCCUUUGUGGAUCCUGUUCCUGUGUGCCCACAUCGUCUCCCAUUUGGCGAGAGCUACACCUGUACCCCAGGUCGUCACAGCCGCUGCAGUCUCAGCUGGGAUCACGACGCUUCCAGCAACCGAGCGGUGCCCAGCAUUGGAGGUGUCCCGGCCAGAAGAUGGACUCUCACAAAACGGAACGCUGACUCUGUCCUGUACCGCCUGUAGCCGCUUCUACCACUUCAGCCUUCUCUACUGGCUGGGCAACGGUUCCUUCAUCGAGCACCUCCCGUAUGGGCUGCGGGAGGGCAGCACCAGCGUGGAGAACAGGGGUGCCAACUCUCACCUGAAGAAGGCCCUGGUGCUGGAGGAGUUGAGCCCCGCCUUGCUCAACACCAACUUCUCCUGUGUUUUCGUGGAUCCUGACAGCACUGCCCAGCGCCACGUCGUCCUGGCCCAUCUCCAGGCUGGGCCGAGGACAGUCAUGACCCCCGAAUCAAGAAGCCUCCAGAGGGUUCCCUCUGCCUCACCAUCCUGACAGGUGAACUCAAGCUGGUUGCAGCGCCACCUCUUCAUUUAGGUCUAGGCUGUCAGCUCAGGCCACAAUCUCAACUUAAUGGUAUAUAUUUGUAUAGGCAAAGCUCGUUUUAUUGUGUUCACAGAUAAUGCAAUUUUUACAAAUUGCGGGUUUGUGGCAACCCUGUGUUGAUUAAAUCUGUUGGCACUAUUUUUUUCAAUAGCAUUUGUUCACUUUGUCAUAUUGUAGUAAUUCUUGCAAUAUUUCAAAUCAUCAUUGUAUUUGUUAUGAUCUGUGAUCUUUGAUAUAACAAUUGUUUUUUUGGGUGCCAUGAAUCAUGCCCAUAUAAGAUGGUAAGCUUAAUUGACAAA